AUGAGAGCACAAUACACACUAUUUAUUUUUUUACUGUCAACAGUUAUUUCUAGCAAUGGUCAAAGUAGCACCCCUCUUACAACCUGCGGUGCCACCUUUUAUCGAAAAACCGGCACCUUCUCCGCGCCCCCCUUCUACAACCCAACAAAACCCUGCCAGUGGCGCAUCUCGGCAGCCCCCGACGAAAAAAUUUUCCUAAACAUUACGGACCUCGACAUCGAAAAAUCGCAAGACUGUGUUUCCGGGUUCGUGGAAAUACGAGACGGUUUUUGGCAAAAUUCUCCAAUAAUUGAAAAAUUCUGCGGGAGAGAUGACGAGUUGGACACUGUCUUGUCGACGGGAAACAAGAUGUUGGUGACUUACAUGCACAGAAUUGGCAAUAGGGGGUUUAAAGCGAGUUACCAAAUCUUCUGCGGGGGUGAAAUUUACGUAGACAGUGAAUAUAUUUUGCAGUCGCAUGAAACCAAUGGGAAUUAUCCACCUAACAAGAUGUGUCUUUGGACUAUUAUAGUUCCAGAGGGCCGACAAGUCGUUCUAGACUUCCAAAAAUUCAGCCUUGAAAACGAAGCAAACUGCUUGAAUGAUUUUGUGGAAGUUGUUGAUGGUGGAAGUUCUUCGACGAAGUAUUGUGGGGACCAAACUCCCCCGGAGAUUAUUUCGUCGUCAAACACUUUGCAGGUGAAGUUCGUUUCGGACUCCUCCGUGGAGAAACAAGGUUUUUCCGUACGGAUCAUGGUGGAGUACGACGAAUGUGCCGUUGGGAAUCAUAGGUGCGCCCACAAGUGCGUCAAUACCCUUGGAAGCUACAGAUGUGAUUGUAAAGCUGGAUACGAUUUGAACUCGGAUGGCAGAAGUUGCCAGAAGAGUUGUGGGGGUUUGUUGGAGGAAGCAACAGGUGUGAUCCAGUCACCAUCUUUCCCUGAGGAGUAUUUCCCCAAUAAGACUUGCGUUUGGGAGAUUAUGACGUCCGCGGACAAUGUGGUAUUUUUGAACUUUACUCAUUUCGAUAUUGAAGGGAAGAAUCAGACGCAUAGCAGGAAGGAGAGGUGCGAAAAGGAUAAGUUGGAGAUUUUCAGUGUGACUGGGGAGAAUAUUUUGAAACGUCACGGGAGGUUUUGUGGGGGGGUUCUGCCAGAACCGAUUUUCUCAAAAAGCAGUGCCUUGAGAAUUGUUUUCAGUACGGAUGCGGAAGAGCAAAGGACGGGAUUUGCCUUGAACUAUACCACAUACAAAAACGCAUGUGAUAAAUUCAGGGGCAACUGCCAACAUGAAUGCUACACAGACGUAGGCAGUGGCCGAAAGUGCGUCUGCCAAAACGGCUACACUCUAGACGGGAACAACCAGGACUGCAAAAAGGAUCUUUGCAACUACGAGAUCUCUUCCACAUCCGGGACCAUCUACAGCGUCAACUAUCCUAACCCAUACCCCCAUAGCACAUCUUGCUCUUGGCAUUUUAAGACCACGCCAGGUCACAAACUAGAACUACAUUUUGUCGUUUUUGAAACAGAAUCAGACGAUCAAUGCAGCAGAGACUACGUAGUUAUCUACGAUGGUGCUUCUUCGGCUUCUCCCAACAUAGGAAGAUUAUGCGGAUCUCGAUCAAAUUUCAAAACGACAUCUACAACUAACGAAAUGUUCUUGUAUUUUCGAACAGAUCACUCGGUAAAUCCUAAGGGAUUUGAAGCAAGGUACACUUCGGUUUGUGGAGGGACGUGGAAUGUUGGUACUGAGGAUAACUAUAUUUACUCCCAUGAUGAGUACGGACUCACGAAUUAUUCGGCGAAUUCAGUUUGUGACUGGACUAUUAUGACUCCAUCUGGUUACAAAACGUUUCUAGCAAUCGAAGUCCUCCACAUUGAAGAAACCGAUGACUGUGAGUUCGAUUUUGUGGAAAUCUUUGAUGGGGAGGUAUCAGCGGGGAAGUUUUGUGGUAGCAAUGUUACGAGGGAUUUUAUCUCGUAUAAUAAUUAUACCAUCAAAUUCCGAACAGAUGACACCAAUAAUGAUAAAGGGUUUAGAAUUAAGUACAAGGGCGUAAAGAGUGAACACGUUGUUAAGGUCGAUCCAAAUUGAUUUAAGAAACGAAGGAAAGUGAACAAAAAAUUGAAGCUGACAACACACAAUACAUUAUAGUUUGAAAGCAAAAAUAAAAUUU